GGAUAUCUAUCCCCGCGACCCACUAAUUUUCCUCCCGCACAAUGAGCCAACGCCGCAUGCCGCUGUCUCUCGCUCCAUUUGCCCAGGAAGAAUUAAGAAUUGCAAAUUGCAUGGACUAUUAUUGACCGACAAUCACAAUGUCUCGCAGAGCCCAGGUAGAGGAAGUCUCCGACUCAGACCCCGAGGAGGUCGCGCCAUCCGACCCGCUCCCCCAAGACGACAUCAUCUCGCCCUCGAUCAUGCAUCCUUCCCCCGGAAUGGCCUCGCGACCUCCUCCCCAGGCUCCGCAGGACAUCCCCAAACACUUCCAUUGCCUCUACGCCGUUUACUUCGACAAGACGAGGACCCGCACCGAGGGCCGCCAGGUGUCCAGCAAGCUCGCUGUCGAGAACCCGCUCGCGCGGGAUAUUCUCGAUGCGUGUCAGCAGCUGGGGCUGCGGGUUGGCUUCGAGCCUGAAAAAUUACAUCCCAAGGACUGGGCGAAUCCAGGGCGCGUGCGGGUGAUGCUGAAAGACGAAGAUGGCAAUCUGCUCAACGAGCGCGUCAAGAAUAAACACCAUCUGCAAAUCCUAGUCGCGCAGUUCCUGCAAGCACACCCGACGACAGAGAAGUCACCGUAUCGACUACGCAUCCACGGUCUGCCGAUGCCAGACAAGUUGCCAGAUGCUCCCGCGGCUCCUCGAGGCUGGAAAAUCGGCAAGAUCCUGCCCAUCCACUCGCCAGCCUAUUCAGGCGGUGGCGUAAGCGAUAACCCGUUCAAAGAAGCGAUGGCCGAGAUGGAGAAAAUGGGAGGUAUGCCAGGCAUGCCUGGGGGUAUGCCCGGUCUUCCAGCUGGCAUGGCGAAUAUGAUGGGAAUGGGAGAGCCAUCCGGUGGAGGCGAGGCGAAGAAGAAAAAGGAAAAGAAGAAAAUCAAGGCCUGACAUGUUUCUUUAUUUCGAGAUUUCUUAUAUUCCCACGAUUGCAUGGCGGUCGGCGUUAUUCGGUUUAUGCUUGAUAAAAUGUGUGAGAUGCACUCCUGUAUGAACGAUUACAGCUCGAAUAUGAUAGAAACACAUCACCGGGACAAACAGUAGUACUAUUAAUUACUAUAUCCUUGUAUAUAUAUUUCAAAGAUGAAAGAUCAAUCAUUGACG